AGGAGGUUCACCAUCAGAGCAUCACCGCAGAAACAAACACUCUAGCCUGGGCACUAUGUCUGUGCGCUUUUCUUCCACAUCCAGAAGGCUUGGCUCUUGUGGAGGCACUGGCUCUGUGAGGCUCUCUAGUGGGGGAGCAGGCUUUGGGGCCGGAAACACGUGCACUGUGCCAGCCAUUGGAAGUGGCUUCUCUUGCGCUUUUGGGGGCAGCUCAUCUGUAGGAGGCUAUGGUGGAGGUCUGGGUGCGGGAGGUGUUUCCUGUGCUGCCUUCACAGGGAAUGAGCAUGGCCUUCUCUCUGGCAAUGAGAAGGUGACCAUGCAGAACCUCAACGACCGCUUGGCCUCCUACCUGGAGAAUGUUCGAGCCCUAGAGGAGGCCAACGCUAACUUGGAGCAGAAGAUCAAGGGGUGGUACGAGAAAUUUGGACCCGGUUCUUGCCGCGGCCUUGAUCAUGAUUACAGCAGAUACUUCCCAAUUAUUGACGACCUUAAGAACCAGAUAAUUUCUGCAACUACAAGUAAUGCCCAUGUUGUCCUGCAAAAUGACAAUGCAAGACUCACAGCUGAUGACUUCAGACUCAAGUUUGAAAAUGAGCUGGCGCUUCAUCAGAGCGUUGAGGCGGAUAUCAACGGUUUGCGCAGAGUCCUGGAUGAGCUGACCUUGUGCAGAACGGACCUGGAGAUCCAGCUGGAAACUCUCAGUGAGGAGCUUGCUUACCUCAAGAAGAAUCAUGAGGAGGAAAUGAAAGCUCUGCAGUGCGCAGCUGGAGGCAACGUGAACGUGGAGAUGAACGCGGCCCCCGGGGUGGACCUCACUGUUCUGCUGAACAACAUGCGAGCCGAGUACGAGGCCCUUGCAGAGCAGAACCGCAGGGACGCGGAGGCCUGGUUCAACGAGAAGAGCGCCUCGCUGCAGCAGCAGAUCUCUGACGACGCUGGUGCCACCACCUCAGCCCGGAAUGAGCUUACCGAAAUGAAACGCACCCUUCAAACCCUGGAGAUUGAACUUCAGUCCCUCUUAGCAACAAAACACUCCCUGGAGUGCUCCUUGACAGAGACGGAGAGUAACUACUGCGCGCAGCUAGCGCAGAUCCAGGCUCAGAUCGUGGCCUUGGAGGAGCAGCUGCACCAGGUCAGAACUGAGACCGAGGGCCAGAAGCUGGAGUAUGAGCAGCUCCUCGAUGUGAAGAUCUACCUGGAAAAAGAAAUCGAGACCUACUGCCUCCUGAUAGAUGGAGAAGAUGGUUCCUGUUCUAAAUCAAAAGGUUACAGAGGCCAAGGAAAUCAGACAAAAGAUUCAUCUAAAACCACCAUUGUCAAAACAGUUGUGGAAGAAAUAGAUCCUCGUGGCAAAGUUCUCUCAUCCAGAGUUCACACCGUGGAAGAGAAAUCCACCAAAGUCAACAAGAAUGAACAGAGGGUGCCUUCCUGAACUCCAGCCUCUGAGAAAGAAUGCCCCCCAAAUUAAAAUACCAAAAUGAAACUAGUUUCCUAAAGAAGAUCUCCCUUAUUUUUCUGCUUUUCUUCCAAUAAAUUAGGACAAGUUAUUUUUAGAAUAGUACCAUUUCUUGGGCUUUUUCUCUAUGGUGGUGUUUCAAUAAAGGUUCUUCCUGUUGCAAGUCA